CUCCGCACCUGCUCCUCCACCAACGCGGCGUGUCAGACUGCGAGCCGCCGACUCCCUCCGGUGCCAGGUGGCUUCGCCCUCCGCUUCGUCUGUCCCUUCGCGUGUCCACCUGGUCGUGCCAUGGACCGCCCGCGCAGAAGGAGGCUGAAGCGGCAGCUCGACUCGACCAUCAUCCACUUUGACUAUGACUGCUUCUACGCCAGCGUCUUCGAGCGCGAGCAGCCCCACCUCAAGGCCCUCCCACUCGCUGUGCAACAGAAGCAGAUCGUCGUGACUUGCAACUACGAAGCUCGUCGAAGGGGAUUGUACAAGCUGCAGCUGAUUACAGAGGCUAAGAAGGCUUGUCCAGAUGUGGUCAUCGUCUUGGGCGAGGAUCUCACACGAUUCCGGAAUGCUUCGAAACAACUUUAUGCCUUCCUGAGCUCCUUUUCUUGGAACUCUCGAUGUGAGCGACUUGGCUUCGACGAGGUCUGGCUCGAUGUGUCAGAUCUCGUUGACAGCAAUGUUGCAACCUUGACCCUGGCAAACCUCAGCCAUUCUUUCUUUCGUCUGUCCAAGCAUGAUCCAACAGUGGGUUUCUCGUUCGAUGCAAAUCACUACGCUGGUCCUGUUUAUCCAGAGACAACACACGAAACACACACUGCCACCUCAGAUGACUCCUUACGCUUUCGCCUGCUACUAGCGAGUCACUUAGCUCAGCAUAUCCGGCAGAAACUUGAGUACGAUCUGGGAUACACAGCUACGGUCGGCAUAUCAACGAACAAGUUACUCAGUAAGCUCGUGGGCAACGUUCAUAAGCCAAAUAGUCAAACGACACUGAUACCGCCGUAUAACGCGGAUGACAAUGACUGGGACAAUGUCACGCCUUUCAUCGACGAUCACGAAGUAGGCAAGAUUCCGGGUAUUGGCUUUAAGAUUGCCCAGAAGAUUCGUCAUCACGUCCUCCAGCGACCGGCAGACUUCGAUGAUGGUCUCGUGUAUGGUGGAACGAAAGACCCUGUCUGCGUGCGAGACGUGCGCACUUACUCAGACAUGGGUCCAGAUGUCUUAGAGCGGAUACUCGGUGGUCCUGGAAUGCCGCAUGGUAUAGGCACCCGAGUCUGGAAUCUACUGAACGGCUCAGAUGAUACACCCGUCAGUCAAGCUCGCGAACUACCUCGGCAGAUCAGCAUCGAAGAUAGCUAUGUUCGUCUUGACACCAUGUCAGAAGUAAUGAAGCAGCUGCGCGUCUUAGCCAUCAGUUUGCUUAGACGGAUGCGCACUGAUCUGGUGGAGCUCGACCAGGAGCCAGUCGACGAUACAGGUCCUACUAGCGGGCCGCCUACACAGCGUUGGCUUGCCCAUCCUAAGACGCUUCGCCUUUCCACGCGUCCACGUCCGCCUCAGAACCCAGAUGGGAGCCGCAAUCGCUCGUUCGCACGCAUCUCCAAGUCAGCGCCAAUGCCCAGUUUUGUCUUCAAUUUGAAGGAAGGCGUAGAAACGCUCGCUGACAGACUGAUCCGGGAGGCACUCAUACCACUGUUCAAGCAAUUGCACCCCGAGAAGCAGGUUUGGAACCUCAGUCUCGUCAAUCUUGCGGCAACCAACAUGGUAGAAGGAGCGAGCGAAAAGGGUGGAGCUGGCCGGGACAUUGGUAAGAUGUUUAGAAGACAGGAUGAUGUUCUGGCACCGUUCAAAGUGCGAGAUGAACCCACUGGGGGCCUCCAGGAGAACCCCAAACCAAUAGCAGAACGGCAGGUCGUAUCAGAGGAGCCUGGAGAAGAGCCGCCAAUCAGGGGUGAGACUCACUUCUACCCACCAAAGUUCGCCCUCAGCAGAUUUGGAUCCGAAGACAUACCAACGCCGUCCCAAGAAACUGCCACCGAUAUUGAUGAUUUUUGGGAGGAAGACGACGAGAUGCUAGAUGCCGAUACAUACCGAUGCGAUGACUGUGGCGCCUACAUGCCGCUGUUUGCGAUGGGUGCUCACGAGAGAUGGCAUGCUCAAGGUUGAGUGUUUAGUCGGCAGCCAUGAGAACGGUUCCUUUGACAACAAUAAUGUAACAUUAAGGGCUAGAGAGUUGGACAUAGGCGCUAAGCUUUCACGUGACCUCUUCCCAAUGGUCACGGUCAGAGCGGGGCGGGACCGAGGGACGCAAGGGUGAAGAUCAACUACCGCAGCAGCGUUGCCCCGAUCAAGUAUCACAACAGCCUUCAACCUCAACACCGAUACUCAGUAUGACGACAUCGAUUUUGCUGUAGAAGACACAGCGUCUAGAACAUGACCACUAACAUGUCUCGCCAAGUUGAAGUUCGUUCGGUGGAGGCCAACUCUACAUCGCAAGGAAACCCACAGGCCAUUGAACUAG